AUGGCUUCAACACUGCCUGGUAGCCACCAUUCGGCUCUAAUCAUUGCGGAAAAGGGCGCUCCUCACUCUCUCGUUAGCCGAGUGACUCCUCAACCCGGCCCUGGACAGAUACUUAUUGAAGUCAAAGCCAUUGCUCUGAAUCCAGUGGACGCUUUCCAAAGGGAUCACAGUGCUCUCAUUGCAACCUAUCCGACUGUACUAGGGUCCGACGUCGCUGGAAUUGUAGCAGGAGUUGGCCCAGAUAUCCUGUCGAGUACAUUUAAACUGGGCAGUAGAGUCGCCGCCUAUGCUUCGUCCUAUUUCCACGGAAGCCACGCGGACUACGGUUCAUUCCAGCAAUUCACGUUGGUUGCUGCAGAGAAAGUGACACCCCUGCCUGAUUCAUUGAGUUUUUGUGAGGCGUCUAUCUUGCCCAUGUCCGUCUCAGUAGCCAUGUCGGCAUGGUGGACUAUUGACAUGCCCCGGGAUACCAAGUACGCACCGCAGGACAAACGAGCAAUGCUAGUUUGGGGCGCAUCUACCAGUGUCGGAAGCGCUGCUGUGCAGACUGCCAAAUCCAUGGGCUUCCAUGUCUAUGCUACGUGCAGUCCUCGUCACCACGAAUAUAUAAGAGGGCUUGGUGCGGAUCGGGUAUUCGAUUACCAAUCUCCGAACGUGGUGUCGGCAAUCGUGGACAGCAUCAAGGAGGACAAGCUAUCACUAUACCAGUGCUUCCUGGGUCGAGGAGACCUCGAAACUAUCACCACCAUCCUCGAACAAGUGAGAGGUGACAAUGUCGCAAGAAUCGCUUCCGCCCCAAUUGUUCCACCAGACGCCAGGCAGGUAGACGGCGUCGUCGUCACUUUUGUCCAGACGCCAGCAGAUCCAGUCGAAGCCCGUGGUUAUUUCCGGUGGGUUUUCAAUGAGUGGCUCAAGGAGAAGCUUGCUACUGGGGAGUACGUUCCUAGUCCUCACUUGAAAAUUGUCGGUAAAGGGUUGGAAGACGUCGAUAGAGCGCUUGAUAAACUCAAUCAGGGUGUCAGCGGGAGCAAGUUGGUAGUUGAGCUUUGA